AGUGUUUUUCACUCCUGACCAGCAUAGGGUCCCCGCGUCAGCAUCCACCCGCACUAUGAAGCGCAAACCAGACCGUACGCAUAACACGAGCCAAUCUGGAGAAUAGGAAGUUGACUCGCUGAGUCAAAGUAAAAGUAAGAGUAUUAAAGUCUAUUGUUAUAGUAUUUGUUCUCACCCAUGAGCUCUUUAAGUUACCCCACGCCGCUCUACGCCCACGCGGGGCGCGGGCGGUUCGAGGAUGUGUACGAGCCGGCUGAGGACUCCUUCCUCUUCAUCGAUGCUCUGGAGCGAGAUGCUGACGAGCUGCAGGGGUUAAGCCCGUCCGUGUGUCUAGAGGUUGGCAGCGGCUCAGGGGUGGUGUCUGCGUUCCUGGCAUCGGUUGUUGGCUCAUCAGCGUUAUACCUGUGCACAGACGUGAACUCCCUGGCGGCGAGCUGCACGGCUACGACGGCCACCUGUAACAACGUAGCUCUACAGCCGGUCAUCACAGACCUGGUGCAGUGUUUACUGCCCCGCUUGUGUGGAAAAGUGGACGUCUUGCUCUUUAACCCUCCUUAUGUGGUCACCCCGUCGGAAGAGGUGGGCAGAAGUGGCAUAGAGGCAGCUUGGGCUGGGGGGAGACGGGGCAGAGAGGUGAUUGACAGGUUCCUCCCCAUGGUAACCCAGCUGCUGUCCAACCAGGGGCUGUUCUACCUCGUCACCAUAGUGGAGAACUGCCCAGAGGAGAUCAUCAGACUGCUGGGUGAAGGGGGCCUGACCGCGGUGCCCUGUCUGUCCAGGAGGGCCCACAACGAGAGGCUGUCUGUGCUGCGCUUCCACAGGACUCCUCCGUCCAGAGCUCUAGCCAGCUAAAAAUAAUUUAUAGAUAAUAAAAUUGAGAUAUUUUUUAGCAUACUUUUUUAUAUAUUUACAAAUUGGCAAUAUAAAACAUUACGCGCAUGGAACACACACACAAAAUUCGAAAAAAUAAAAGUUUUUGCCAACAA